GAGGUCAGGUAGAUUCGGGGUGCUGGACUGCCGUUCCAAAGCUGAAACACGGAAACGGUUACCUCUGUUCGCCUCGUCCUUUUCCUCUUUUACUGAAACCAUCCCAGCCCACCACCACCGCGUGUGUGCGCUUCGCUUGCUUAACGUUCACCCACGCCACGCCGCCACCGCCUCGCUUUUCCUUCUCCACCAUUUCUCCUUGUCUCCCACCACCACUUCCCCCCUUCUCCGAUCCCUCCUCCCAUGGACGCCGCCAAGGAUACCACCGCCGCCGCCGCCGACCAAAACCCUACCCCCAACCCUCCCACCGCCGCAGCUCCACCCGAUGACUCCGCGGCGGCGGCGGCGGCGGGGAGACGGCCCUUCACCAGCCUCACCCAGGAGGAGGCCGACCUCGCCCUCGCCCGCGUCCUCCAGGAGCAGGAGCGGGCGUACAUGAUGCUCAGCGCGCACCACGGCGGCGACUACGCGGCCUCCGAUGGUGGGAGCUACGAGUUUGACGAGGAAGGGGAGGGGAGCGAUUUUGAGGACGAGGAUGGGGACGGGGACGGCGACGGGGAGGCGCUGGAUGAGGACGAGGAGGUGGCCGACGCAGACGCAGACGCCGCCGGUGACCCGGCUGAGUUGGACCCCGCGCGGUACGAGGACGACGAGGCCUUCGCGCGGGCGCUGCAGGACGCCGAGGAGCGCGAGGUCGCCGGCCGCCUCAUGGCGCUCGCGGGCCUCAGUGAUUGGCGAGUGAUGGACCAUGAUGAUGACGAUGUUGAUGAUGAUGAUGAUGAGGAUGAUGAUGAUGAUGAUGAUGAUGAAGAUGAAGACGGGGAUGAUCCACAGGAUGCAUGGGAAGAUGUUGAUCCAGAUGAAUAUUCUUAUGAGGAGCUGGUUGCAUUGGGUGAAGUAGUUGGUACGGAAAGCAGAGGCCUCUCUGCUGAUACACUUGCUUCAUUACCUUCAAUAACUUAUCGAGCACAAGAUAAGCAAGACGGCAACAUGGAACAAUGUGUUAUUUGCCGUGUGGAAUUUGAGGAAGGUGAAUCAUUGGUUGCACUUCCUUGCAAGCAUUCAUACCAUUCUGAAUGCAUAAACCAAUGGCUGCAAUUAAAUAAGGUAUGCCCUAUGUGCAGUGCUGAAGUUCCUACUUCACAGGACACCCGGGCAUGACAUCACUACAUAUUGUAGCCAUUAUGGGCGUAUAAUUUAAAAGAAGUAGCGGCAGCUUGAUACUUUCUGUCAUCGGUGAAAUGGAAGCAUCAGGAGCUGGUGGAUUGUUCAGGUCUCUGUACUUGUGUGCUUCCUUUGCCAUGCCGCUACAUUGGGUCGUGGUUAAGACGCUCAUUGUCGCCCAUGUAUGAUUUGAUUAGAUGUGAAAUAGUUAUUACAUGGUUGCAUCAUUCAAAUUCAAAGCAAUUAAUUUAUAGUCUCCUGGUGGCCUGAGGCCUGUUGUAGCCUAUAAGUUCCGAAAAAAUUUUGAAAAUAUACUCUUUCUUUUUCA